AUGACAAAAGAGUUAAUCACUAAGAGAGAAGAUCCUGGGGCAUUCACUAUCCCAUGCACUAUUAGCAUGCUCCAAUUCGCUAAAGCUUUGUACGAUUUAGGAGCAAGCAUCAACUUGAUGCCCUAUGCAAUAUUCAAGCAACUUGGUUUGGGUGAACCAAAGGCAACCACAAUGAGACUCUUUAUGGAGGAUCGAUCAAUCAAACACCCAGUGGGGAUACUCUAUGACAUCUUGGUAAAAGUAGAUCGAUUCAUCUUUUCGGCUGACUUUGUGAUUUUAGAUUGUGAGAUCGAUGUUGUAAUCCCCAUUAUUCUGGGAAGGCCAUUCUUAGCAACUACGAUGGCAUUGGUGAAUGUCGAAAGCGGGAAAUUGAAGUUCCGAGUGAACGAUGAUGAGGUAACCUUCAAUAUUUGCAAUCCAUGA